AAGAACUUUUGCCAAUACCGAAUGGAANAAGAUUAUUCGAGAGACACUUUAUUUAGAGACUAUUUACAUUCCUUUGGACGCUACUUCUCANAGUCCNGAUAUUAUAUUCAAAUUACAAUCUCCUGUGGAACCCAAAGUUCUUACUGUUGGAGUUGCAUGNAAAGGACGUUGGAGGUCGGAAGGAAUUGGCUGGUCAGAUAUUAUAGANGAAGUCAAGAAAUUUUUAGAUCCUGUUUANGAUCUAGUCUUAUCCAGUGCAAUGGAUUCCCAUCAUUGUAUGCUUAUUAUCGUNAGUACAAAGUUAUCAUUCAAUGUUUCNAANGAGUUGGGNAAUCAGAGUCGUUGUUAUUCCAGUGGAAUGUUUAUNAGAGGNGAUUUGUUCAAAGUACCNGANAAUUGNGAACUUGUUAUUCUUUGNGAAAGAGAUGUGGAAAUGCUUAUNGACGAAGAAAUAUUGAAUGGACUNGAAAAAGCAUUUGGUGUUUCUCANAAUCCUACUUUUUUGAACUUCGGACUCCAACUGCUUCANAAAGUCCGNAACAGUUUCUUAAGUUGGCAAUAGACUUUCAACUCUUGACUUUGUGGUUUCUUUUUAAGAGCAAGUAAACUUUUUUUGUAUGUU